CAUCCACAUCCACAUCCACAUCCACAUUCCUCCACACAAACAACCACAUUUCUACCUACCUUCACCCCCUCCAAAAAAAACCUCAACCAUCAAAAUGCAGUUCACUACCCUCCUCUCCCUCGUCGCCAGCUUCUCUCUGGCCACCGCGGCCGCCAUCGCCAGCCCCAACAUCGAAGCUCGCAGCCCCAGCGGCUCCUGCCCCAGCACGUACGAGCACAGCGGGACCGCCUUCCUCUCCGACACCUCGGACUGCAACGUCUUCUAUAUCUGCGACCACAACGGGCCCGUCAAGUUCAAUUGCCCCGUUGGCUUGCACUUUAGCCCUUCCACCUGGGUCUGCGAUUACCCCGCCAGUGCUGGGUGUAGUAGCUACAACUAGAGGGGGAGGCGAGUCUUCGCCAGCCUACUCUAG